GUGAAGUGGGCGCAGCUCGGUGCCACGUCCAGGCCAACGCGGAAUAAAUGACGUCACUGCUUUGAAGAAACUUUAUUAACAAUCGGAGCCAUGGUGCGUUCAGAGCUCAGGAAAGAUGGGACAUUCAGACAUCCGACUUGACGCGAGAGGUUCUGUGUUGGUCCGGCCCGGCCCAGCUCUGCGCUCCGAACGGUACCACGUAAGAACCGGGAAACUUUCCGUUACGGCGGUGUCUGGCCAUUAACGUCAGCGGAGAAUGGAUCCAGUCUGACAGGUCCUGACAGAGCCUCAGUCUGGUCGGACCCGAUAAGACGAUGGAGAAGUUCGGAAUGAGUUUCGGGGGCGGGCCCAGCAGGAAGGAUUUACUGGACACCAUUGAGUCCCAGAAGAAGCAACUGGUCCAGUACCAGACCCGCUUCAAGGAUGUGGUCCGGGCCUAUAAGAGUCUCCUGAAGGAGAAGGAGGCUCUGGAGGCCAGUCUCAAGGUUCUGUCAGUGACCCAGGAGGUGGAUCUGAACCAGCAGGUCCUGGCCGCCCCCAGUACCUCAGACCUCCCUGAGGAUGGCUGCUCGCUGCACAGCGAGGACAGCGUGGACACGGCGGCGUCUGUGGACACGCCCAGUGAGACGGCCAGAGGGGAGCAGAGCGAGGACGACCCGGCAGAACCAGUAGUGAGGUCUGGCUCCACGCCCUUCAGGCCCGACUCCGAUGCCGGCGGCUCAGAGAGCGGCAGUGUGGGCGGCGAGCAGCAGCAGCAAGCCAUGCCCCCGUCGAGCUUGGAGGCGGACCGCCGAUUUACCCAGCUGAAGAGCCAACUGAGCACGCUGACCAGCGCCCUGGCCACCGUGACGCAGGAGAAGUCUCGUAUGGAGGCGAGUUUCCAAGCCGACAAACGUCAGCUGAAGCAGGAGGUGGAGGAGCUGCAGGAACGCCUGGCCGCCAUGACAUCACAGCAAGAGGCAGAGCUACACACCCUACAGCAGCAGCUGGCCGAGAGUCGCGCUCGCAUCAUCACGCAGCAGCACGAGCGUGAGCAGGAGCAGGGCGACCACGUCCAGCAGCUCCGAGAGCUGCAGAGGAUCCUGCAGCAGGAGCGAGACCUGCGGCAGGACGCAGAACUCCACCUACAGGACGCCAACGCCACGCUCCUGGUCACAUCACAGGCUGUGGACCGGGGAGCGGAAUCUGAGGCUCACUUGAACAAGGUGAGAGAGGAGAGAGACGAACUGCGGAGAAGGUUGCAGGCCGCCGAGGAGGACCAGAAGAAACCCGAUCCAAGAGUGGAUGAGCUGGAGCGAGAGCUGUCGGAGCUGAAAAACCACUUCCAGCAGCAGAUCCACAUUGAGACCAGGAAGGUGUGUGACACAGAGGAGCGGGCCCGUGAGCGUGCUCAGGCUGCAGAGGUCCGGGUUGCCGGUCUGGAGCAGAGAGUCUCGGAGCUGUCGGACCUGCUGGGUUCUUGUGAAAAGACAAGGCAGCGGGACCAGCAGACGGCCCAGCGCCUCAGAGAUCGGAUCCUGCAGCUCGACACCGAGAACAAAACGCUCGCCAUCGCUGCCUCCAGCAGGAUCGGCUCUGACCUCGGCGUGGACGAAUCUCAGCUGGACGUCAGCGUGUUAAAGGAGAAGAUGGAGAAGGUGAAGAAGCUGCUGCUGCUGGCGGCCCAGAGGAAUCCGGACCAGAACAUCCAGAACCUGGCGGAGGCGGAGCUGGGAGGAGACAAACGCUCGGUUGUGGUGUACCAGCAGGAGCUGCGGCAGCUGAAGGACGAGUUUGAACGCUACAAGCAGCGAGCGCAGGUGGUGCUGAAGAACAAGAACGCCAAAGAUGGCUGCCAGGCCAAGGAGCUGGAGGAGGUCCGGGACCAGCUGUCGGAGCUGAAGGAGAAGUACAUAAACCUGCGGAUCCAGAGCGACGAGACAGAGGCCCAACACCGCCGCGAGCUCGAGGAGCGGCAGCAGCAGACGGCGGUGCUGCAGCAGACACACAGACAGGAAGUGGAGCGGCUGGAGGCGCUGCACCGUGACAACCUGCUGCGCCUGGAGGCGGAGCUGCACAAACAGAGGGAGCGGACCAUGGCGCUGCUGGAUGAGAAGGACCAGGAGCUGGAGAGGCUGCGAGCCGUCACACUGAGCUGCAGCACCGACGCCGAAAAGAUGGCCGCAGACGAGCACGAGUCCGCAGACGGCGAGAGUGAUGUCAUCAGCCAGGCCCUGAGGCGGGCGACGCCCAACGAGCCCACACUGCUGCUGUACGCCGAGCAGCUGGCCAGGAAGGAGGUGGAGGUGGGCACGCUGCGGCGGCAGAAACACCGGUUGGAGGACGACGUCCACCAGCUGCAGGCGAAGCUCAUCGCUAAUGGAGAGCGACACGACGAAGAGGCGUCAGAGCUGCGAGGACAACUCGACAAACUGAUCCGAGACCAGAGCCGAGAGGGCGCCAACAUGGAGUACCUGAAGAACGUCAUCUUCAAGUUUCUGACGUUGCAGGACACCAGCGGAAGGCAGCAGACGCUCACUGCCAUCCUGACCAUCCUGCACUUCAGCCCGCAGGAGAAACACACCGUCAUGAGGCUGCAGGGGGCGCCGUGGUGGAGCGGCAACAAGAGAUAAAACCAAACCUGAAGAAGUGUGAAGUGUUUACGUCGUCCGGGAGCUCGUGUUGUCUCUGAUCUGUAAACGACCAAACUGAGCUGUACAUAAAUAUAAUAUCCGACACUGUGAGGAGAUAUUUUAAAAUGAUUUGGUUCGUGGUUCUUCUUAUCACUGAUGUAUAUUUUUGAUUCCUGGUUGAAAUUAAAAUAUUUUUCCUGCUUCAUUUACGUUA